AUGGACUGCGGAAGCGGUACAGCAGCUGCGGGGAUCGACCCCAAAAUUCUCGAUAACUGGCAAACCGACGGUGCUUUCUCCGUCGCUUCCUGGGAGCAUCUCGGAUACGAUCAACCGCCCGAGUGGGACACAAGUCAGGAAUCGAGCCAGUGUGCCGAUGUCGCGGAUCUCGGCGCCUUCCAUGACCCUCUGACGGGGGCUCUGCUUGAUCGUCCUCGCGAUCCCACUCAACCGACGGGAAACAGGAACAGUCGCAACGUGACGGAAAAUUUCAAUUACACCGAUGGUCUCUUCGAAGGGACUGCCAGCGGCACCAUCAGCCCGCGCACGCUACCCUCGUCAGCUGACGACAAUUUCCAGAGUGAGGAAACGUGGCCGCACUUUCAACUUUUCAAUUCAGUCGGCGCGGGGGUGAGCCUCGAGCAUCCCAUUCUUUACCCAUACGGAAAGACUUCAACAAACUCGACCCAUGCCGUGAUCGUGGACGACGUGGGCGACUUGUCCCAGGGCCAGGGCUUCCCUGAUGUUACCAGUGAAGCCCUAAUGUUCCAGCAAAUUCCGCCCACGUUUCCCAUGAUGACCGACCAGUGGUCCGAAAUGCCCACUCACGCUCCCGUGGAGAGUCAUUCCCCUCAACCGCCCGCGUCCGGUGCAACGAUCUCCAAUCACGCAAAGAACCAACAGCCCUCGUUACGAACACUCGAAUCCCGCUGGUUGAACAGUCUGGAGUCGCAGCUUCCGGUUUCACAAAUGUCUCCGCCUGCUCUUCCAACGGCGCAAAAGACCCGUCUUCCAAUGGAAGGGUUCCAGUAUAAAUCUGAGAGCUCUUCUGUGGCGGGAGAGAUUCCAGCGUUCUACGAGUGCUCAUUCUCGGCCACGAGUGAGGAUGUCCCGGCCAUUGCCGACCAGUCAGGUGAAGAUGACGCUCAAUGGAAGUUAUCAACACUUGACCCAACGCCUUCGGAGGACGAUCAGCCCGCGACAAAGACCAUUGCAUUCAUGAUCAGCGACAGUUCUGCUGAUUCAUUGACUGGCACGUUCCCCUCCCGUUCGCGAGCCUCCUCGGUGGCUGGCCAGCAUCCCAGCGCCCGACCCACCGUCCUGGCCAUGCAGUCGGUCGCUACUGUGCGGAAGCGCAAAGUUCGCAGCAACGGCUCUUCCAUCGAUAUGGGCCUGACCAAACCACUGCAAAUUGUCCAGGAAGAUGGCCAGGGCGGCUCGAUUGCCUCGGCAGAUUUCGUGUCACCUCCAAGAGGCGCGCGUCGCAAGGGGCCCCUGAGUAUGGUCGGUCGAGCCAAUGCCGGCCUCCGACGCAAGAACAAGGACACCUGUGUUCAGUGUAGAUUGAAUAAGCGCAAGUGUGACGGAAGUUCACCAUGCGACGCCUGCCGUCCGACCCUUAACGAGCAGCCUUGCGCUCGUGCCUGCUUCUCCAGCAUCGUGGAGUUUGGCACAUGCAACUACAUCUCUCAACGCGCGGUCAAUCAUCCCACCCUGGAUGGAUCGCGAAGAGUGCGAAUGGAGAUUCCAUCCGAGUUUGACCUCAGCCAGCUGCUCUCUUUCCUCAAUGAGCGCCAAGGACGCUUCAACAUCCGAGCCACUCAAGCAUGGGGAUCUCUCUACGUUCUUGACCUGGGUGAGACGUACAAAUUCCUGAAAAGUUUGAGCGAGUACAACGGCAAUUCCAAGUCAACUUUCCUCGAAUUCAUUGAUCGUCGGAUCGUCGAAUCCAAGGACAAGUCGAAAAAUUGGCUGUCUUGUGUCAAAGAUUGCGAUCCAAUGACUCAAGCAUACACUCUACUGUCUCGGUGGAACAAUAUGCCAUCGCGCGCGAAAUACACCUUUGUGCCUGUCGAUGGCGAUGGUGAAGAGCGCCCGAUGGACAUCAACAACCCGGAAGAGCGACGUGAUAUCCUGUUGGCUGCCCAGCUCUCCCGAAUUGUCUGCCGCAUGCUCGAGGUAGAGGGCUUCCGAAAACUUGAGCGAGAUUUUUACAACAUCAAGUGGAAGCAAAUUUCUCACGAGACCCAUGUUCGCUUCCUCGGUGAGUUGGGACAGAUCCUUCUGACCUUACGUUGGCGAGUGUCCUGGUGGAAGCGUCUGGGUGAUGGCGGUCAGGCUCCGGAUCCCUCACAACAGCAUUACAUUGAUCGUGUUGAGCUGCUCUGCCGGAUCUUGUACGUCUACUACACGUGUGUACUGGCGAAGCUGCCUUCGUGGUCUAUGACAGACGUACCCAAGGGAAUUUGGUCUACCUACGCAGACUCGGAGAACCCCAUCUGGGAUGAUUUCCCGUCUGAUGCAUCCGAUGCUGGAUUCCAGUCUUGGCUCGACCGUGGCCAGGAGCUCAUUGAGCAAGCCGGUGUUCCUUCGAAAAUUUCAAAGUUCUGA